AUCUUCGUGCCAGAGGCUGCCAGAUGCGAUAGAGACGACGCCCCCCGAAAAACCAUCGAAUCCAGGACACCCAACAAUACAACGCUCGCUAUGGGGCCGGUCCGCUCGUUCAGGCGCACAAACCCGCUCACGGUCAUAGUGGGCGUGGUGUUGUGCGUGGUCAUAUUUGUCUUCUUGUUUUCACCAUCCAGUUCGGAGACGGCAGCGGCCCAAUUUCGAAAGGCCAGCGCGGCGUCCAACCCACUCUCUCCACCAACAUCUCCCUUUCGAAAGCCUAAUGAGAAAUCUAAUGGAAACCGCGUUCCGCCUCCAGUCGUACAUUACCAUAUGAACAAUCUUUCGAGCACGAGCGAUCCUGUGGGGAACAGAGAAACCAUCCUCAUCUUGACGCCUCUCGCGAGAUUCUACAAGGAAUACUGGGACAAUCUGCUGAAACUCACCUACCCUCACGAGCUCAUCACACUUGCAUUUAUCAUCCCGAAGAAUCGAGAAGGAAAUGCGGCGACGGCAGCUCUACAGGAGCAGAUCACAAAGACGCAGAAGACUGGACCAGAGAAGAAGCGAUUUGCUAGCAUCAUCAUCGAGCGACAGGACUUUGAUCCCCCUCUGGCUUCCCAAAGCGAAGCAGAGCGCCACAAGAUGGAGAACCAGAAGGCACGCAGGGCAGCAAUGUCAAGGGCCAGGAAUUCCCUUCUUUUUACCACCCUUGGCCCCUCCACGUCGUGGGUCCUCUGGCUUGACUCUGACAUUGUUGAGACACCACCAACCCUGAUCCAAGAUCUUGCUGCACACGAUAAGGCGAUCAUUGUUCCCAAUUGUUUUCAGAGAUAUGAGGAUCAGAAGACGAAGCAGGUGAUGGAAAGACCCUACGACUUCAAUAGCUGGCAAGAUAGCGAUACCGCUCAGCGGCUUGGGAGCCAAAUGGGACCGGAUGAUAUUCUGUUGGAGGGCUACGCAGACAUGGCUACCUACCGGGCCUUGAUGGCAUACAUGGCUGAUGACCAUGGAGAUCCCCACAUGGAGGUUCCACUUGAUGGUGUUGGGGGAACGGCGUUAUUGGUAAAGGCAGAGGUGCAUCGUGACGGUGCCAUGUUCCCGCCAUUUCCCUUCUACCACUUGAUUGAGACUGAGGGGUUUGCAAAGAUGGCAAAGAGAUUAGGAUGGAGUGCUACGGGUUUGCCGAACUACAAGGUUUACCAUUAUAACGAAUAA